GUGUGGCGCGCGAACGGGUUCGGUCGGCAUCAACAUGGCGGACGAAGGGGACCAGCCCCAAACUACUAACACUGUAGAAGAACCUCUUGAUCUGAUCAGGCUUAGUCUCGAUGAACGGAUUUAUGUGAAAAUGAGAAAUGAUCGAGAGCUUCGAGGGAGACUACAUGCUUAUGAUCAGCAUUUGAACAUGAUUUUGGGAGAUGUAGAAGAAACAGUAACUACAGUAGAAAUUGAUGAAGAAACUUAUGAAGAGAUAUAUAAAUCCACCAAGAGAAAUAUCCCAAUGCUGUUUGUUCGAGGUGACGGUGUGGUACUUGUGGCUCCCCCUCUGAGAGUUGUUUAAACCACAAGCUAAACUUUAAGGACUGAACUGCAACUUGCAGUAACAUUUUCAGUUACAAUAUUUUCUGAAUGGGAGACCGAUCAGCUUUUAUAGACAAUACUUUAAAAAACAAUUGGGAUAGGUCCUGAUAAUCUUUUGUCCUUUUUUAUCGUUUAUUUUUUUAAGAAGCCGGGCAAGGUUUGUUACUUGUUUAACGGCAGAAUUUGAGAAGCAAAUGAGGAUUUCAUUUGACAUAAUAAAGUCCAGCCCUGAACGGCUAUGUAUACCCUC